AUUGGAUCCCCGGCCUCGAGAGGAGACAAUGACCUUUUCCUGAGGCCGCAAUCUCUCAUUCCUUCAUCCAUCAACGCUCGAUCGUCGGAUCACCAUCAGGCAUGGAUAACACCAGAUCCAUCUUAUCCAUCCCCUCUCCCCUUGCGGUCUUGGUCUUCGCGGUCGGUUCAACCAUAGUCUAUUGUCUUGCUCUCGCCGUCUAUCGUCUCUACUUCCAUCCCAUCGCACAUUUUCCAGGUCCCAAGCUCGCCGGGCUGACAAGAUGGUACGAGUUCUACUACGAAAUCGUCCAAAAGGGCCAAAUGACCUUUCACAUUCAAGACCUCCACAGGAAAUAUGGCCCCAUUGUCCGAGUGACGCCGAAUGAACUGCACGUUCUCGACUCCGACUACUUCGAAGAGCUCUACGUCAAGUCCGGCAGGCUCGACAAAUACGGCCCGUUCUCUGCCAGAUUCGGCACCGACGAUACCUUCUUCACCGCGCCGCUGCAGGAAGACCACCGUCGCUUGCGUAAUGCCGUAGCCCCUUUCUUCUCCAAGCGCAAAAUCAUGGACUUUCAGCCUGUGGUGCGUGCGAAGUUGAAGAAACUUUGCUCCAGGGUCCAGGAGUAUGCAGGGACGGAUCGUGUGCUUCCGCUUCACCGCGCCUGGACGGCAUAUUCGGGAGACGUCGUGACUGAGUUCUGUUUCGCAAAGGCAUACGACCACCUCGACUCUCCGGAGUUUAAAGAGACCUUCCACGAAGCAAUGCAUGCCGCCUGUGAAUCGUCCAGCGUGCUGAUGCAAUUUCCGUGGCUUUGGCCUGUGAUGAACAGCCUGCCAGACUGGUUGGUGCUGAGGCUCGAGCCGAAUAUGUACAUGCACAUCCAAGUGCAACAGGACUUCCAUCGGACCAUCUCCGCACUCAAGGAGAACCACGACGAAUCCAAGAAGAUGGUGGAUCAUCCCACACUAUUCCACGAGAUGCUUCACAGUGACCUCUCCUCCAAGGAGAAGUCGGUGAACCGCAUGGUGCAAGAGGCUCAAGUCAUCAUCGGGGCCGCCAUUCUGACCACGUCCUGGGCCGCCGCGGUGGCCAGCUUUCACAUCAUCAACAGUCCCGAAAUCUUCAAAAAGCUGCGCGCCGAGUUAGAAGAAGCCAUUCCCGACCCGUCCAUGCAAAUUGACUGGCAGAAUCUUGAGCAGUUACCCUACCUGACAGGAUGUAUUAAAGAAGGCAUCAGGCUAGCAUACGGCAUUGCUUCGCGGCUGCCUCGAGUCGCCCGCCACGACUUGAAGUACAAAGGCUGGGUCAUUCCAGCAGGCACGCCGGUCUCCAUGACCAUCGUCGACAUGAACCAUGACGAGGAUGUCUUCCCUCAGUCACACUCGUUUGUUCCAGAGAGGUGGCUGGACAAUCCAACCACAAAGGACGGCCAGCCAUUAGAGAGAUAUUUCAUUGGCUUUGGAAGGGGAACAAGGCAAUGUAUUGGGCUCAAUCUUGCUCAAGCUGAGCUGUACAUGGGGCUUGCCACAAUCUUUAGGAAGUUCUCUUUUGAGCUGUAUGAAACCGACCUCUCGGAUAUCGUCCUGGCCCAUGAUUAUUUCGUGCCAACUGUCAAGCUCGACACCAAGGGGAUCCGGGUCAAGGUGAAAUCGGCGGAAAAGUAGCCCAACGUCAGGCUAUCAACCGCAAACGAGCCAUUUGUGGGGUAAUAGAUCAGGAUUGACAAAUCUAGAUUUCAGUAGUUGAGCGAUGCGGCGGCUCGGCAUCGAAUUGCUGCUGCUGGUUCUCCGGACGAUGAUGACUGCAAGUUUUUGACUUAGGCCGGAGGCAGAAAUGAUGCAUAUAGUCCAGCUUGAACCAGAGCAUAGAUCACCAUCCACCGAAUGACUACCGAAGCUCGCUUCGGCUCCAUUUCAAGCUUGGUCGCCAACCACAUGUACCACAAUGGAUAACCAGAAGACAGCCUCGUGAUGAUUUGUACGUGAUAGCUUGUGAAUGCAAGGACUGCAAGCAUAAGUUGCGGGAGCGCUAGGCUCAACAACACGCGUUUGCCAGCAGAAGCAG